AUGUCCUCCUCCGACCACAAACCCAAAAUCCGCCCGCAACAGUCGUGCCUCAAAUGCCGCGAGCGCAAAGUCAGGGUAUGCAUCGACCAAUCCCCCCACCCCCCCAAUUCCAACAUUCCGAUCCCAGCCCGACCCAGCACCUCCCAAAAGGAAAUGAAUACAACAAAGAAAACUACACAAGCUAAUCGUCAAUGCUCCCGCCUCCAGUGCGACCGCUCCAUUCCCUGCGAGGCCUGCAUCCACCGCGGCAUCGAGUCCGAAUGCACGUACCUCACCUCCGCCGAAGACCGCGCGCACAUCAGCCAAGCCGAGAUCAUCGACCGCCUGCGCCGCGAAGUCACCCAACUGCGCGGCCAAUUGACCCAGGGUCCCGGGGCGCGCGGCCCAAGUCCUGCGCGCCGGCGCGAGAGGGCGCUGUAUGCGCGCAAGUAUAAGAAAAGCCGUGGCAGUGCAGAGCCGCGCGCAAGCUAUGCGGCCGGGUCGGCUUCAGGAACGAGGUCUGGCUCACGAUCGGUGACAGACUCGGAGCCCGUGGACGGAGGCAGUUGGCCCGGUUCGUCGCCGUCCUCGACAUCGACGACCACGAUGACCAAUCCGAUGGCUAUGACGAGUCCCGAUAGCACGGGCAGUGAGAGCGGCGCCAGUGCGGGUUAUGCGCAGCAUCAGGCGUAUCCUGGGUCGACGGCGCCGUACGGAACGCAGAUUGUCAAGGCGGAUGUGGCCACAAUCACGGAGAGCGCGGCGUUUGGUAAUUACCCCCUGGGCGAUGCGAUGGCGCAAUGCCAGGUAAGCGGCCUACCGGCCUUCCCUGGCGAGAUUCCUGGGUCGUGCCCAAUGCAGGGGCUCUCGCAAGCACCCCAAGCUCACGCCCCCGCCCCCGCGCCCGACGGGGUGAUCGCGGGGCCUCCGAUGCAUAUGUACGGCAGCGAGGAGAGCCCCAGCCAGGACGGGGUCUAUUCCCAUUCUAACCAUCAUCUCUGCGAAGACUACGCGGACAUGAACACCCUCAACGCACACAGUCCGUCUCAGGCAUAUCCACUGCCCUGGGCCCAAGAACAUGGGCACCACUUGGCCAAUGCCCAGCCCCCGGCCCAGGCACCAGCCCCCCCGGAUUCAUCAUACUACUACUCCUCCUCCUCCAUGGACACGUUCGCCCAACACGAUCCGACUUCCCAUCCACAACUUCAUCUCUCUCACACUCCUUGUCCUCUCCCCCAGAGUCACCCACUACCACCGCCAUCCCACCCCACCGAAUACCAAGCACACGCUAUCAACUCCAUCCCCGACUCCUGGAAAGGGCCCGACAAACAAGACCUGCUCGAAACCCUCCUCGAAACCAUUAGCAGCUGCCACGAAGAACGCAUCGCACAAGUCGUCGCCGUCGUGCGCGCCAGCGAGACCCCGGAGGAAGCUGUCUCGGGCAUCUGCCAGGUUCUGGGUAUCAGCGCGGAUGGAGCCGGGCCACCUUGA